CAGUAUGGGAAAGGUAUGGAGUGCAGGACAAGGGAAGGCAGUGAUAAAGAGGGAGGGACAGAGGGAGGGAAAGGAACCGAGACUCUACAGAACUCAGUCUGCAGAGAGAACUGGUGGAAUAAGAACAUAGAUCAACUUUUCCAAACUCUAGUACAUUAUUUUAGAUAGAGACAAGCUUGUAAAUCAGCUCUGAAAUGCUGACUAUAAGCCAAGCUUUUGUAGCCCUGGUUAUUUUUUUGUUAGUUGUUCAGUUUCUAAAAUUGAGAAAGGCAUGUCAGCAAUUGCCUCCUGGACCAACUCCUCUCCCAUUGCUUGGAAACUUGGUGCACCUGAACUUUCAGUUUCAUCGGGAUCUUCUGAUGGAGCUGGCAAAAACUCAUGGCAACAUAUAUACUUUGUGGUUCGGGUGGACCCCGGUGAUCAUACUGAAUGGAUUUCAUGCAGUGAAGGAUGGCCUGACCACACACCCUGAAGAUGUUUCUGGGAGGAUGGUGUCUCCUUUCUUCAGAGCAAUGGCCAAAGGAAAAGGUAUUAUACUGGCAAGCGGUCAUUCCUGGAAGCAACAGAGACGCUUUGGUAUAAUGACUCUCCGCAAUCUAGGAAUGGGGAAAAAAGGCCUGGAGUAUCGGGUGCAAGAGGAGGCCUCUCACUUGGUGCAGUUCUUUGUGAACCUGAAAGGAAGACCUGUGGAUCCUUCUUUCCCUCUUAUCCAUUCUAUUUCAAAUAUAAUUUGUGCUCUGGUUUUUGGAUAUCAUUUCUCUGAUGAGGACAAAACCUUCCAUGAACUGAUCAGCGUCACAGAGAAUUUAUUCAAAUUUGCAGGCAGCUUCACUCAUCAGCUGUAUGAGAUCUUUCCCUGGCUAAUGUGCCAUCUCCCUGGUCCUCAUAAAAAGGCAUUGUCUUGCUAUGAUGUCCUGAGUUCUUUUGCAAGGAAGGAGAUCAGAAGACACAUGGAGAGAGGAAUACCAGAUGAACCGCAGGAUUUCAUUGACUUUUACCUGGCUGAAAUUGAGAAAUCUAAAGAUGGGCCCACACCCAAGUAUGAUGAAGACAAUUUGGUGUGUGUUAUAAAUGACCUUUUCCUUGGUGGAUCAGAGACUUCAAGCACGACCUUGUACUGGGGGCUGCUCUAUAUGGUGGUGAAUCCAGACAUCCAAGAGAAAGUGCAGAAGGAGCUAGAUGCUGUUCUAGGUCCUUCCCAGUUAAUUUGCUAUGAGGAUCGGAGAAAACUGCCUUAUACAAACGCUGUGGUUCAUGAGAUUCAGCGCUUCAGCAACAUUGUCUUUGUUGGCAUGCCCAGGCUGUGUGUGAGGAACACAACGUUGCUGGGCUUCCCCCUCAAAAAGGGCACCAUCAUCAUGCCAAAUAUCGCAUCUGUCCUGUAUGACCCUGAGCAGUGGGAGACACCUCGACAGUUCAACCCUGGCCACUUCCUUGAUAAAGAUGGAAACUUCAUAAACCGAGAAGCUUUCUUACCGUUCUCAGCAGGGCACCGUGUGUGUUUGGGGGAGCAUCUAGCAAGAACUGAGCUCUUCAUUUUCUUUGCCAACCUGCUGCGGGCAUUCACCUUCCAGCUCCCUGAGGGAGUGACAAAGAUCAGCACAGAGCCCAUUUUUGGGGGUACAUUGCAGCCCCACCCAUACAAGAUUUGUGCCAUUCAGCGCUAGGCUGCAACACAUCACAGACCAGACUGAGACAGCUGUUUUUACCUCAGUGAAUUUCCUCUCAAAUGCAUAAAUCUUCUUUACUAGACUGGAUAUUGAUAUUAAUCUAUCCCAGGACUAUUCAGAAAGUGGAUGCAAGCUGAGAUCCAGACCAUGAGUACUUUUGAUCUGGUCCUUGUGAAAAUCCCAGAUCUUAACCAUUUUUCUACUCUUGGAGAGCACCUGCAGCAGGCUGCUGUGGUUCCCAGCUGUGAAGACAGUGUGCUGUACCUCCUUGUCAGGAUCAGCAGGAUUGUCAUAGUGCUCACUCCUGAGAAAACCUCAGUAAAAUUCAACAGAGGACCUUGCAAGAGCUGAGUAGGGUCAUUUCCAUGAGCGGUUUGAUGGCCUCAAGUCAUUUGACUCUGGAAAAUGCACCUCCAAGGUCCUACUUCAGUUUUACUUUCCUGAGCUUAGACACUUUAACUGGUUGACAGAUUGGAAAUAAGAAUAAAAAAAAAGACAUAAAGGAAACACAUUAGAAUCUGGGUUUAUUAAUGUCUGAGUUUGAUGUAAACAACUCCCACAUAUAAGACGAACAGGGUCAAUUUAAAGUUGAAGAAAGAAACUUAAAUUUGAUAUUUACUAGCAUGUGAGUGCAUGACGUAGCAGCCCGAUCAAUGUUAUAAUGUAUUGUCAGUUUUUUUAUUUUUAUAAAAAUCAGCUUUCUGUGAUGUAGAAUCAUGUUGACUUUAGUUGGGCUCAUUAAGAAGCUGAGACCUUUAAAUCUGUAAUCAGAUCUUCCACUUGUGGAAUUAAUACAGUAACUGGUAGUGUUACAAGACAACCCUGAGAAGCUCAGAAAGAAUGUUUGAAGUAGGUAGAUUUGGAUAACUUCUAUCUUAGAUAGAAUUUGCUUAGCAUGAGUAGCCGCACACUUGCUUAGCAUGAGUAGCUAAAUUUGCUGAAGCCUUAGGCCGCGCUCCUAGUUCGGUAAGAAAGGGCCCCAGAGCUGGUGCAGGCUGGAAAGAUAAGGGAGUUACAAGCAGUCUGCAUUCCUGUGCCCCACUCUCCGAAAGGGAGGAUGUCAAGGCUGUGAAAUAAGGCCUGUUUGGGCGCCAGGACCUUGGGAAGCAAAGCCUCCUCUCACUGCUGAAACAGUGCUAAUUAAGGGGUCUGGAUUAUGUCCUCUUCAUCAGGACCUUGGGAGAUAACAUCUACUGACCUAGCUGGGGCAGUGUUAAUUGAUCAGGACCUUGAGAAGCAGGGGUGGGACCCAGGGAAUGAAGAAAUCACUAACCAAUCAGUGUAAAAGGGAGAGUCGCAAAUCUGGCAAUUUGUUUGUAUAAAUGCUACUUGAAAAGUUGGGGGUGUGUGCUCGAUUUGUGGGAAACCACCUAGCACCCAGGCUUGCGCAACUCUGAAAUAAAUAAAC